AUGCACGCACUUCUAGAAGCCGGGGGUCAGGGCACUCGGGCACCAGUUGACCCGCAGGAGGGACCUUCCAAAGGUCCAGCGAGCUCGGACCAACCCCACCUGAGGUACCCAGAUAUACAGAUGUUGCCUUCGGAUAUGAUGAUGUCCACGGACAUCCAGGUUGCCUUCGGAUUUUAUCAGUUGCCUUCGGUUUAG